UCCGAGGCAGAGCUUCCUGCGUCCCCAUCCCGGUCCCGGAGCGGGCUCUGCGCCCUCUCCGCCACCGCCUCCCUCGAUCUUAAACCCCCCGCCCCGAACCUCCGGCCCCGGGAUCAUAUCGCCCCGAAGGAGGCAGCCCGGGGGGGACCGGGUCGUGGAGCCCCCGGUCCCCGGCCGCCCGACCGUGACCGUGCUGGACCCGCAGCCGCCCGGACCUCUCGGCCGCAGCUGUCCACACAGGAUGCCUCGAAUUUGCUGGAAGCCAUCCCUCGAGAGCGCAGCCGCUGCUUCUUUAGGGCAGCACUAGGGAUUUCGUUCCGUGCGUUGAAGGGGUUUUUGUUGUUCUUGCUGCCACUGCUGGUGCGCUCAUUUAUUUAUUUUCUUUCUUUGCACCGGGCCUCGCCCUGCUCGCACUGGCAUGAUGGCCCAGUCGAAGGCCAACGGCUCCCACUAUGCGCUGACCGCCAUCGGCCUGGGGAUGCUGGUUCUCGGGGUCAUCAUGGCCAUGUGGAACCUGGUGCCCGGGUUCAGCGCCCACGAAAAGCCGACAGCUCAGGGGAACAACAAGACAGAGAUAGGCAGCGGCAUUCUCAAGAGCAAGACCUUCUCCGUGGCCUACGUGCUGGUCGGGGCUGGGGUGAUGCUGCUUCUGCUCUCCAUCUGCCUGAGCAUCCGGGACAAGAGGAAGCAGCGGCAAGGCGAGGAGAUGGCCCACAUCCAGCACCAGCCGGGGGUGGAGCCGCACGGCCCGGAGGAAGACAGCCAGGAGGAGGAGGAAGAGGCCUCCUCCAGGUACUAUGUCCCCAGUUACGAGGAAGUGAUGAACACAAACUACUCGGAAGCGAGGGAACUGGACCAGAACCCGAGGAUGAGCAUCUCUCUCCCAUCCUAUGAGUCCUUGACGGGGCUUGACGAGACGAGCCCCACAGCUGCCAGGGCCAACGCGGAGACCAGCCCGGGGAAUCCACCCGACAGGCAGAACUCCAAGUUGGCCAAACGCCUGAAGCCACUCAAAGUUCGAAGGAUUAAAUCCGAAAAGCUUCACCUCAAAGACUUCAGGAUCAGCCUCCCGGACAAAAACAUCCCUCCUCCCUCCAUCGAGCCUUUGACCCCCCCACCACAGUACGACGAAGUCCAGCAGAAGGCUUCUGACGCCCGGCCACCUGACUGACGGCCCUGCUCAGGUGUGUCCCUCCGGUCGCUCACCCUCCACACCACGGACCCCCAGUGAAGCCACUUCAGCUGCAAUUGAGGAGUGGAGGGGGCAGAUGCAUACAGAUUGAUGUGGAUGGGGGCGAGGGCGGGGGGCGUGGGGAGUCCAGUGACUAGGGACUGACUGACGUCCACAGAACCUCAUGUGGCAGUGCAUUGGGAAGAGCUGCUGCCUCGGAUCUCGGGGUGUGGACCCCGUCACGGUCCUCACAGGGUACGCACCUUCCCCAUCAUUUUUCCCCAACUCUGAGUUGUUGGCGACAACGCCUCUCUUUCCAAUCAGGAGAGGAUGCCUAGCAGCUGGUUUAGGUUGUGAUUUUUGUUUUGCUUCCACUAGGACUAUUUUGUUUCAAAAAGAAAACAAGAUAUGCCUUUGCUUUCUUCACCGGAGUCCUGAGCCGUGGGUAGGAGAUGUGACUCAGCUUUCUAGAAAGGACGCGGGGCCAUUUCAGGAACGAAGCAAAACAAGAGGCCGAUCGAUGAUGUGGGGAUGAGGCCCAGCUGGGCUCUCUCAGAGCCCCUGAAGCUGUUGGCUCUCGGGGGCCCCAAGGCCCGGUGAUGCAUAAGAUCAGAGUCUUUACUGGUACACUUUCCUAGGGCCUUCAGGAUAAGGGCGAAAAAGGAAAGCUGCGUGAGAUAUUUUAUUCCUUCUAAAAUGCCAUGCAAGUGAGCUUUUUAUAAUAAAAUAUUUUAUACGUAGUA